AUGGGUUUACGUUACAGCAAACAAAAUCAAAAGAAAUCAGUAGGUCCUAUAAAAGAUAUAAAACCUACUCAUCCUGCUUCAAAGUUACCAUCUACUUACGUUGCUGCUAGUGCUUGUUAUGGUGAUUAUGGAGAUAUAGGCGGAAGUUGCGAUGAUGGGGGAUGCGCCGGUUGUGGUGGUGGUGGCGGUGGCGGUGGCUGUGAUGAUUAA